GCUUUGUUUACAAUACAAGCCUUCUUCAAAACAAAACAGAGACAUUUUGAUAUUAUUCUUUCAUAUAGUCAAUACCUCUUGACCGAAGCGUCUGCAGCAUACAUAUCUGCAAAGGAAAAUUUUUCUUAUUUUGAGAUCCUAAACUCAUUAUUUUAAGUCUGGUUAUUUAACUCGAGUAUAUUAACACCCUAUUUGCAAAAUGCCUCGUUUACCAUUACAUCCUUCCUCGGGUACAGGAAUUGUAACUAACUUUAAAAAAUCUAUUAGAUUUGUCCGAUAUGGUUGUACAAACAGACCCUUUUAUCAUAUUGUUGUUAUAGAUACAAAACUGGGACAACGUAUGGCUCCUAUUGAACAACUAGGUUCUUAUGACCCAAUUCCAAAUAAAUACAAUGAAAAAUUAGUUUCAUUUAAUUUUGAAAGAAUACAAUAUUGGCUUGGACAACAAGUAUCUGUCUCUAAACCAGUAGCUGAGUUAUUAGGACUAGCUGGUUUCUUCCCCAUUCAUCCAAGGACUUAUAUGAAAGCAUGGAGAAAUCGAAAAGCUAGAGAAAACUCUAAAGUAAAUGAAGAAGAAAAACAAGCAGUUACCAAUUAAAUUGUUUCUUUUUUUAUAUGUAUUGUAAAUAAUAAGUAAUAUGAAUAAAAAUAAGCAAUUAAAAAUUGUAAAUAUUUUUAAAAAUUAGAUAAAGAAAUCAC